UGGCACCAUCAUCAUUUAAAUUAUUGAUUGUCUUGUUAACCAUUUAUUGCAAAAAAAUUCUUUCGAUAUUCGGUGCUUGAUUCUGUUUAUCGUGUGUGUGUGUGUGUGUAGUUAUCUUGUUCAACUUUUUACCACCACCUCCACUAUUUUAUAAUAUUCUAGUCAUGAAUAAUUGUGCAUUGAAAAUAUCGAGCAUCUUACGCUGGAAUCAUAAUCGAUCCAUUAUUAUUGAUAUCAAAAAAAUUCAAUCAAGAAUCAUGUCUCAAACUUAUCAACAUUCAAAUUACUGUAAUAAUCAUAGCAUCAACAACAGUUUGAAUCAUGAUAAUAAAAUUAUCAAUGCAAUUGUCGUAUGUGGACCAUCCGGUUCUGGUAAAACUACAUUGCUUAAUUUGUUAUUUGAACAUUUUAAAGAUAAACUUAAAUUCUCCAUAUCACACACUACAAGAAAAUCAAGACCAAAUGAAGUGAAUGGUAAAUCCUAUUAUUUUGUAGAUCGUCCUACAUUCGAACAAAUGAUUGCCAACAAUGAAUUUGUUGAAUAUUCACAAUUUUCAGGCAAUUAUUAUGGAACCAGUAUUCAAGAAUUAAUUACCAAUGAAAAAAGUGGCCUUCUAUCCGUUCUUGAUGUUGAUCUACGUGGUGUGAUUAAUUUAGAAAAAGAUAUUCUAAAGGCCAAAUAUAUUUUUGUCAAACCUCCAUCAUUACAAUUUCUGGAAAUGAAUCUACGAAAUCGUGGCACCGAAAAUGAUGACAGUAUUAGUGUUCGAUUAAAACAUGCGGCUGAAGAUUUAAAACAAGCAGAAACCAUACAUUUUGAUCUCAUAUUGGAAAAUUUUGUUCUGAAAAAUUCAUUCGAAAAACUUCGACAAUUCGUUCAAUCGGAACUGACACGAUUCAACGAAAGUCAUCGUCAUCGUGAAUAAUUGUUGAUUGUAUUAUAUAAUUGAAUCAAAAGAUGCAUAAUAUUUCACACAUGUGAAAUGAUAUUUACAAUAUUAAUUCGAACAAAAAAAAUUGUUUUUUAUUUUGAUUAAAAGAAAAAUCAUUGUUAAAUUA